AUGAAGCUUCAUGAUUAUCACUGGACAGGGUUUUGGCAUUCUAUAGAAAAAGGAACAGGCAAUAAAUAUACUGCUAAAUGUAUUUAUUGCAACCUUGAACUACCUAGCAGACCUGAAAAACUUCAUACUUACGUUCUCACAUAUAAUAGUUGGCCUGUUACUAAAAAAAAUUCUUAUCUUAAAGAAAGACUAUCUAAAAUGUCAAAAAAAUUCCCAAAAGCAAAUAAUCAGAAUAUAUUUGAAGAUUCUAUAAAUAGCGAAAAUGCCAACAUUGACCUCUUUGAGGAAGAAUUUAAUGAAGAAUUUUCACAAAUUAAUAUUGAGGCAACAAACCUUGAAAUGGAAAAUGAACUAGCAAUAGAACAAUUUUUUAAUAUUGGAAUGCUUGAAUGA